ACAAGCAAAGUGGUGUUUGAUAUGGGGAAAGUACGUCUAAAGACUGGAGUAGAGUAUGCAGUCACAGUGAUCGCUGAAGGAUCAGAUACGCUCCAUCUUCCAGGUUUGCCAUCUGCAGCGGACACCAAGUUCACCCAAUUGCAAAAGCCAGCCUCUGUUAGUCAAGAAUACUCCUUUGAGGAGAAAAAGGUGAAAGUGAAUUUCCAACCCGUUUUCCUUGCAUCUGCCCACAUGAUAGAAUUCUUCGACGAGAGUACCCCUACCAAUAUAGCAAGCAGAUAUGUUGUUUCAAAGCCAACCGGCAGUGACGAUUGGCCCUCAACGGUCAUACACUCGUUUGACGUUGAAAACAUGAGACUUGCUGGUGGUGAUUGGUUCAAGUCGCGCCUUACUGCCCUGGGCAACGCAAACUGGAUAAACAGUCCCUCUUGUGUGUGCGCUACUGCGUUGAAAUGUAGCGAAGGACCGAUCAGCGUUACCCUAAAGUACAGCACCGAAACCAACAAUCUGUUGAUCAUCCUCUCCUCAAGACCGGGGCACUUUGCUGCUAAAGUAGAGGACACUUUCCACAAAGGCAGAACAAUCAACACACAACAAUUUGUUGUUCAACAAUCCACGGGAAGAGAGUCUGUUCACCAGACUGUGUUGAAGAUUCCUCUCGUCUCAGAUGAAGAACCUCGGGGAGCAAUAUACCAAGCUUUCGUUCAGAACACUGGUGAUCAACAGCACUUGCCAAGUGAGGUUAAAUUGUCCAAUCAGGUACCUUUGCUCAAUCCACCAGACUCUGUGACACAAGAAUACAAAAAUAAUAUCUUCACCGUAGCCUGGAAACCUGUUCACUUGGCAGCCGGUUACCACAUCAAGGUUUACAACACUAAGACUGGAAGCACAGCCUCAACGGUGAACGUUAUUCCUGACUUAGGCUCCACUGGGGAACAGAUGAAGAAAGAGUUCGAGGUAGAUACACUGCAAUUGGAAUCUAGUGGGAUUUACGAGACACUCGUGAUGGUCUUGGGAGGUGAAUUAAGUAUUGGAGGAGCCAGCACAAAAUCGAUCGCGACAAUUCCGUCUUGUCCUUCCCCAAAAGACGUCCAAAUAACCUUUAACAAAGAAACGUUCCAUGUGGUUGUACGCUGCUCCUCUAUAGAAGAUGCUCUUGUCCUCAGACUUGGAGUGGUCGAUGCCGAUAAACUGGAAAACCAAGAAGCCAAUAUGCAAGGAGCCAUUUUGAGAGUUAAAGAUCUGGCAGUGGCCAAUCAAUUGGUGCCAUUUGAUAGUUCGAGUGAUGGCGGUAGACCCGAAGAAGCAGAAUUUGACAAUAGUGUGCUGAUUACGUCCUUGGAUGGUUUACACAGAGGUGUGGCACAAGUAAAGGAAAGGCAGAGGGAGAUUUCUCUUCCAAGUGGAUAUUCCAUUUCUGAAGGAGUUUUGGCUUGGUUAAGACCAGCUCUACCGAUUCACCUGUCUUUCGAUCCUGUCAACACAACAUUGAAGAUUAUCUGGACUCAAGUAAGCCUAGCACUUCAGUAUUCGGUAGAAAUCCUUCAGGAGAGAGAGAGUAAGGGUGGAACAAUUACUUUGAUUCCAUUUUCUGACGUGUUGCCUGGUGAUGUUCUUUCUUCCAACUUCAACAUGGAGAACGUAAACAUUCAAAAAAGUGAUACGUUUAUCGCAAAGGUACAGCCGUUGGGAAGUCCAGGGACUGUGAUAACACUUCAAGCCAUUGGACAUUCUACAGAGACACUCAUUUGCGAGGACUCUCCUACCGACGUUGAAGUUUCACAAGUAGAAGACGAAACGGUGAAAGUUACUUGGAAAGGACAAGCUGUUCCCUUGUUCCAGUUGAGCGUUUGGAAAAUUUUGGAGUCUGGGGAUCAAGAACACGUCAUUAGCAAGCAAACAGAUAAGCUCCAGUUGAUAUCCACAUCACAAGCUUUACGCAUGGUUUCACCAGGACGGUACAAAGUUGGUGUUCGAGCUCAGGGGUCUAUCAACAAGUUACACAGUGUUUACAAAGACGCUGAUUUCCUGGCCAUCAUUCUCAACGCUCCCGUUGUUAUUUCCUUGCGGCAACGCCCUGCAGUUAGGGUGAUGUGGACUCCUGCUGACAACAAUCCAACUCAGGAUUUUACCAACUAUGUGAUCUCGUUUCUUCAGCGCGGUGCAGGACCACAAUGGACUCAAGUUCAAGCUGAAAUAACGGCGACAGAGAAAACCAUCGUAGAUUUGGAACCCGGCAGCGAAUAUCUCUUUUGUAUCUCCGUUGCUAGUUCCAAGCGACGGAAUGGCAUUAGAAGUCCAGCCACAGUUGUCCACACAGAGUUUGAUACCAGAUUGCCAGGUAAUUUGUUGGACAAUCCAAACUUUGCGCCUGUGGAUGGCUGGGAAGAGCAGGGCUAUACUUAUAACAUCGUCACGCAACCUUGGCAUUUGAUACAGCCGACAAACAAACAAUACAGACUCGAACCUUCUACAGUGCUAGGAAUUGGUGACAGCUGGACAGACCUUGAUGGAAACAACGCCUGGUGUAUUGCGGCACCUGGUAAUGCGCAGAACUCAUGUUGGAGAUUUCAAAUUAUCGAUCUCCUCGCCAAAGGUUUUACAGCUAAAGAUCUAGAUGAAGUGAGACCAGAUAUUGAUGUUUGCGAAUGUUUUGGGAUCGAAAAAGGUGGCUUGGGAACAUUUGACAUGAAAGUGUCCCUUCUAGACAGCAACAAGAAAGAUCUUCCAGGAAAUAAUGUCUUUUUAGCUCGUAGCGGGAAAGUUGCGCGAGACGAUGGCUGCUGGAAAUACCUGGGACACACCUUUACCAAUUAUCCCCCUGGAUUAAGGUUCAUUCGAUUUGAGGAUAGCAUGCAAAGUCUUGGAUUGGAUGGACACGCCUAUGAAAUCAAGGCCUUUGGCGCAAAAGUGAAAAUUACCAGAAACUGGCCCGGCGAAGAUGGUCAAAACUACAGCAAAGAAUGCGAGGCGGCCGUCAACGAGCAAAUCAACUUAGAGCUCCACGCAAGCUACGUUCUCCUAACCAUGAGUUGUUACAAAUACCAUGACGUCGUCGUCGUCGAUGACGUCACCCAGCCGGGCUUCAACGAUUUCCUGUUGAUCCAGUCAGAUCUGUGUGUUUCACACGCGCAAAUGUUGAUGCAGUACCAGAGAGACUGCGGAGGACAAAUUGAGCUCCGUGACAUAAAGAAGCCAGAGCGUGACACAUGGGGUACUAAGCUCGAAGUCUGUGAAGCUGCAUUAGAAUUGGCCAAAAAUAUUGAUGAUUCGUUGCUGGCCCUACACAGAGUGGCUAGGAAAAACGGCGAUGGUCACAUGAUGGCCUUCAUCAGCGACAAUCUUCUCAUAAACCAAGCCGAGUCUGUAUGCGCGCUGUCGAGCUUCCUAACCAAGUUGAAGACAGCUGGCGACGGAUAUGGUAAACUAGACACUUAACUUAAUGACUCUUAACACAUAUUUUCUUUUAUAAUGAUUUUUAGAAGUACGUAUUAAACUCGACAAUUAUCGGGAUAGAAGCGAGUGGGUUAUGUGAUCUUGUAGGUUAUUACACACUACCAGCUUAAAGAAACCGAGGUACAAGGAUUUGUUUCUUAUUUAGAGGGUAUCUCACUACCUAGCAAGGAAAGUUUCCACUGAUAAAUUAACACACGUAAAAUCUUAAAAUUUGAUAAGAUAUGUAAUUCGCAAAACAAUUGCUGCUGGAAUGAUAAGGAUCCUAGUAAAAGCAAUUCGUAUUAUGACAUUUGGGAUUUAAAACUUUGAACUAGGCGAAAGGCAAGUAUACCUUACGAGAACUUUGGCUCAGUUCUGAAAACUGUCUGGAGAGGUGCGUUAAAGCCUGUAGUGAAUAUAAGGUAAUAUCAGAUUUUGCUUUGUAAUUUUCAUCAAUUGAACACGAUCAUGGUCUCCUGUUUUCAUUUUUUUUGUGGGACUCAAUCACAUACACCACAUACAUUUACGGACAAAUUUAUAGGUAUACCAUGGAUCCCUGGCUCCAGCGAACAUAGGAAUCCUUCUAUAAGUAUCUUUAAACCGUAUCUAGACUAAAUGAAUCAGAAGUCUAUUUUUUGGAAGUUCUUUGGCAUUAAUUGUGGUUUGUCAUUCAAGAUCUUUCUUGUGCGCCAUGUUCGCCCUCUUUUCAAGAUGCCGAGGACCGGGGNG